AUGGUUGGUUUAGGUACAUUUCAUGGUAGCCAACAACAAGUCAAGAAUUACUACUUGAUGAUUGAUUCACGUAGUGAUGAGACGUGGCUUCAAUGUGAAGGUGCGACUGAAGCUUUCAAUCAAAAUAUGCCACUUUAUCCUUGGAGCUCGUCAACUACAUAUCAUCCCGUUCCUUGUAUUACUCAUCCUAUUUGCAAGGGAAAUAAGUGCAAUACCGAUGGGCAAUGCACUUAUAAAACACGCUAUGCGAGUGGAUCAAUUACAUCUGGUAUUAUAGCUGAAGAAAAAUUUACUCUUGGCACCGAUGCUGGUGGCCUUGAAAGUAUUGGUUUACAUAUAGGUUGUGGUUUUCACCAAGAAAAUUUUGAAAAAUUUAUCGGUGUUGUUGGAGAAGGAAAAUUUUCUUAUUGUUUGGAGACAUUUAACAAUAAAAUUGAGGGAUCCGAUACAUAUUCAAGGUUUGGUGCAGAUGCAACAAUUGGAGAUGCAUCUCAAGUAAUACGUAUAGCUCCCAUUAUUGUGCCUCAGUUUCGAGCGUAUCAGUAUUACUUAAAUCUAGAAGAUAUUAGUGUAGGUAAUAAAAGAGUAGGAUUUCCUAGAGGUACUUUUGAGCUUAAGUCCCAAAAAGAAGGUGGUACUAUCAUAGAUACCGGUGUUCAAAUAUCCAUGAUGUAUAAAGAUCAUUUUGAUAGAGUUGUGGAUUUGGUGAAGGCACAUUUUAAAGGGCUUGGAGUUGAAUAUACUGGUACCCAGAAAAAUUUUGAUGUUUGUUUUCGUGUAUGUGGAAGAUUUGAUAUUACUAACUAUCCUUCCAUAACACUUCAUUUACAACAGGCCGAUUACGUUAUUACAGAUUAUAAAGCUAAUUUUGUGAUGAUAUCCCUUCAAAUUAUAUGCUUGGGCUUUUCUCGGAGGGACCAAAAUAGGCCGGCUUUUAUUUUAAGAGCAAUGCGACAAGCAAAUAAACGGAUUUUAUAUAAUGUUAUGGAUCGGUCACUCUCAUUCGCCACAGAGUAUUGCGAAUUAGAUUCUUGA